AUGGUGUCGGCUCGAACCUUUCCAUUCGUUCGACCACGCAGAAACUCCACAAAGCAGAAGAACAAGAAAGGAACGCGACUGCCACCGCCACUCAAUCUCGAGAGCAGUUUCUUCCACGCUCAAGUCCAAAAAGAGAUCAGUCUGGCAGGCCCGGCCCCGAGAGCUGUGCGGGGCAGUAUUUCAGAGUCAUACAAGGACAAAGACGACAAAUCACAGGAAGUGCCGCUCAUGAUGAAAGUUCCUACAUCGGAUCCCUCGAUCGAGGCAGCCCGAGUAGAUCUUGUUGAAUAUCCUGCACCCCUAGAGCCGAUCAAACUCCUCAGAUCAUCUCAAACAAAAGACCAUCGACGGACGAGAUCAGCCAACACAAUCUCCAAGCAAACCUCAUCAGAGCCAGCUCCAUACACUCGAUCUGUCGCCUCUCAGGAAUCAGGAGACACGAUCAUCGUUCUCGAUACACCUGGCUCCUCCGAUGCCGAAGAGUCUGAAAUUUCGCCGUUAUCCGACGACCGGCUAUCUGCUGCAUCACAGUCUGGCCUAGCCCUGCGUCGUUUCUUCCCCAAACUAUCCUCGAGCAAUGUCGCAAUUGUGUCUCCAAUGAGUGCUGAGGCUGGGGUCGAUCAGCAGAACACGAGGCCGAUCGAAUUCCCGUCGAUCUUCGAGACCGAACUCCACGAUCGGGUUCACACCCUCUUUAAGAAGACCUCGACGGGUUCCGUUGAGAGCCCAUCCACUGACAUGGAUCAAGCACUGGAGCAGACGAUGGGAUCAUCUUCGGGCUCAAGCUCGGACGAUAUAUCUGGCUCUGCCUCGUCGUGCUAUAGUCGCCGGAGUUCUCUCAGCAGUGUUAGGACUGAUUGCUUCAGCCCGGUCACCAAAGAACUUGAUCAAUACUCCAUCUUCUCCCCCGUUGCGGCUGGUGUCUUUGAUGAUUCCGCUUCGACAUCUCCCUCGCGAGCUGGAUCAUCCGCAUCGCGAGUGCCGUCUGGAACGGAGCCGAGCCCAAGCUUCGCGUCGUUCUUGAUGCCGCCGUCUCGACGUGCCUCGAGCUCUUCUAAACUGUCAUCGAACAUCAAAAACAAGCCUCUCCCUCUCGAGCCCGUCCAAGAGCCCAGCCCGUUGGCAAUCCGCCGCCAUGACUACACUCCGCCAUCUGCGACGACGGACGCCUCGCGAUCAACGACUAGCCUUCAUGCGACGAAUCGUCACCACGACUUGAAUCACUCCACCACAAGCAUGGACUGGAAGCAAUCCAGGCAAUCUUAUUAUAAACGUGGAGAGUGCAGUGGUCGUGGUAGUCAUGGCUCCAGUCAAUCUCGUGCUGGCCGUCGUCCGGAAUUGGCAGAGGGCAGCAAUGGCCAGCGUCUGCGCCAUAUUCCAACCCUCGCACAAGCUGCAAAAGAAUUGGAAUUUGCCUUGGCCGACCUUGCCCGAGACCCGCAUAUGCAGCAGCGGACCCUGCUAGUCCUCGACGGACCGCUGCAGAUCAGUCGACACAAUGGGGAUCUCAUCGCAACUCGACCUGCACCGCUGCCCCCGUCGACCAAGCCACACUCCAAAUCGUUUAAGAAGAGCAAGAGCAUCCGCACAAAGGCCAAACCCGUUGAAGAUGUUAUAAGCCACCGGUCGGGUACGCUCAAAGCCUUCCGCGCGACCAAAGAGAGGCCGUCCCCUCCUCUCCCGGACAAGGGUUCCAAGAACAAAGACGAGCCCGCCCCCAAAGAGACCAAACGCCCCAAAACCCCCAAACUCCAGGACGAGACCAAGUGGCCUUCCAACAGUCCCACCUCCGGCUCUAACCUCAGCGACGAGGUUUCCAAAGGGCCCAAGAUGAAAAAAUCCUUUACGCUGACGAUGCCAUCCUUCAAGCGCACGAACAACCCUCAGGCCCCGGCUCUGCAAAAACCCGGUCUGAGCUUCACACUCAGUUCACGGUCGGAAUCCUCACGGCUAGACCCACUCACACCCAAGGCCCGCCCAGACGGGCCCCCACGACUUUCUUCAUCCUCAGAUCCCAGUGUGGACGUGGAUGUCGACUUGGAUCUGGAUGCAGGCACGGCCUCCAAGCGCGAGGAUCUGCUUCUGCAACUCCCGCGCCUGCAGACGCACGAUCUAGGCUUCAAGGACCCCUUUGAACCGCUCAGAAUCGAGAAAGAACUCCUUGCCCAAAUCCAAACAAAGCAUGAGGAGCAGCAGCAGGGCCAACCACAAUCAGUGCAACCCAAGCAAAAGCCAAUGCAGGGGGUGGCCCCCUCGUACUGCGCCUCCGGCCCCACGCAGCAAGUGCAACAUCAACAUUCUCACCCCGCGCAGGCCUCCUCCUUGAGUGGCGAUGCCAAAUCGUCUACUCUCCAGCUGCGGAUCAUACCUCCAGAAGAUGAGAAAAUGCUCGUUGCCAGUGAAUUCGUCGCCAGCGAAAGGCUGCGACACAUGCAGGCCUUUGUGUCGACGGCGCAGGCAAGCAGCGUACAACUUCCGCCCGAGCAGAUCUACGAGCUGGCAGCGAUGCCGCCCUCGCCGUCGUCCUCCAUGCCGGCCAUGUUCAUAGAAAUGCCAAUGCCACACAUGCCCGUGGACUUCCCCGUCGAAAUGCCGGAGCAUCUGGUCAUUCUGAUCAUGGAGCGGAUCGACUCGCUAGAUGAUCUGUUCAAUUUGGUGCUCGUCAACAAGCGCUUCUAUCAGAUUUUCAAGCGUCGCGAGCUUUCCUUUAUCAAAGGCGCACUGUUUCGCAUGUCCCCGCCUGCAUGGGAGCUGCGUGAGAUGAGUCCGCCGUGGAAGAAUGAAUGGCAGCUUCUGCUGGAGCAGGAUGCCCCGCUGCCCGAGUAUACCCCAGAACUGUACUUGGAUCGGUAUGCGAGCGAUAUUUAUACGCUUGCGCAGCUGAAGUCUAUGAUCUUGGUUCGCUGCUCGCCGUUCCUGCGCCGAGAUACAGUCAAGGGUCUUUCUGGUGUGGAUAUUGUCCGCGCUGAAGAAGUCGACGAUGCCUUUUGGCGAAUUUGGACGUUCUGUCGCAUCUUUGGAAGUGGCAAAGGUCGUGAAAAUGAUUUGGAGGGUCAGAUGGACUGGCUGAAGGGUGGACCAAAGGCGCGGAGCUCCUUUGGAGCGUCUUCCACUGUGACCGAGCCUUUUGACAUGAACGAUGUGCUGUUUGAGCCGCCCGAGGGUUUCGCUCGUGGAAACAGCAUCGCUGGCCUCUCUGCGAAGCAGUUGUACGAUAUAACGGAGAUUUGGACUUGUCUGGGAGUGCUGUUGCAGCCUUUGCACGGCCAGUGUGUCGAGGCCAGGAACGCUGGCAUUUUCCAAGGACUGGAUAUUCCCGAAGGUGAUACCGUUCGCGAAGAAACUGCACUAGAGGAGUGGACAUCUUACGUGCUUACUCUUGGGCUCUCCGCCGUCUUGGCUCUGAGCUCGCUCUGCCCCGCCGAAGCCACCACCGCCACCUUCACCAAGGCCCAAUCCAACGGCCUCACGAAAUGGGAGCCGACCGAGACCGAAACCAGCCGUUCAACAUUCUUGAAGGAAGCCGUUUCCCGCAUCUAUGAAGAGCAAGAACGCUUGCUGUCUUCCACCAGUUCCGAAGAAAUCGCCUCCCCCCAGCCUCAAUCCCAACAGCGCCGUAAGCAAUUCCAAGAAGAGCUGCGUACAUCCUUCGCCGAUGAACGGCCCAUGUCGGAGUUCAGCACGAUCGUACACAACCUCGACGGGACAAUACCGCGCGACGCACCUCCUAUCCCACCCGUUCCAUCCCUAACAUUCAACCGACUCUCCUCCUCCACAGCCAGCAUCGGCCCCCGAACUCCGAGCCGCACUCCACCACGCUCCUUAACCCCCGAAUCAAACCUCCCCAUCCCCCGCAGUCCAUCCCUCCAGCCAUCCCUCGCGCCCCCACCGCUCCGCCCGCAGGUCCAGGACCCCGUUGACCGGGCAAUCGCUCACAUGGUCAAUGAGUUGGGCUUUAACCUGGACGAUGUCAAGUGGGCGCUGAAGAUCACGGAUACUGGCGAGGGCAUUGAUGUAGAUGCUGCUGAGCGGUUGCUUAAGGAGCAGAAGCGCAAAAAUGAGCGGAAUCCUUUCGCCCCGCGGGGGAAGGAUAGUUUGCUCAGGUCUGUGAUGAAGCGUCAUGGUUCGCAGGAUUCCGGGUGGCGCUUUGCUUGA